AAUCUUUUAAAAGCUGUGAAGUUAUAAUAAUAAUAUUAUCGUGAGUUUUUCGUGUGUUUUUUUUAAAUUGUGUUGUGUGUGCGGGACUACUUUGAAGCAGAAUAAGCAUUUCAUAAGGGUUUUUUGAUAACGGUACAAUGCCUUUUACCGAUCGUGAAAAAACAAUCGCUUCGACAGCGCUCAUCGCGGCGGUGGGUGUCGGCGCAUUAUGCGUCAUUUACAACAGGAAACGCCUGUUCCGUAGGUUCACCGAUCCGUUCUACAAUCAGACAGUGGAAGUCGUAAAUACCACCGAAGAGUGUCUAAAGGCUCUCGGAACGCUGCGAAGCCACUGCCAGGAGUACGCACUACUGGGGCUAGACUGCGAGUGGGUCAGCGAACAGGGCAAACGGCGUCCGGUAGCGCUGCUCCAGCUGGCGUCGCACCGUGGAUUUUGCGCGCUGUUCCGCCUCUUCGAGUUCAAACGUAUACCGGCCGAGCUGGGCGAACUGCUGAGCGAUCCCACCAUACUGAAGGUGGGUGUCGGCCCGGUGGACGAUGCCAAAUUGUUGCGGCUCGACUACAACCUAAAGGUGGCCGGUGUACUCGAUUUGCGGCACCUGGCCGAGAAGGCUGGCAUUCCGGGACCGUACGGGCUGGGCCGGCUGGCACAGAGCGUGCUGGGCGUAACGCUGGAUAAACAUUGGCGCGUGCGGGCAUCGAACUGGGAGAGGCCGCUGCUUUCCGAGCGGCAGCGGGCGUACGCCGCGAACGACGUUCACGUGGCGGUGGCACUGUUCGAGCGGAUCGCCAAGCAGCUGGUUCCACGUGGUUUUUUGAAGUCCCGCAAGGUCUGGUAUCAGCAGAUUGCAGCCGAAGUGCAGUGUUUCCUAGAACAACGAUAUCACGAUGAGCGAUUUAGCAAACGUCCGGCCACCGAGAAAGGGAAGAAUAAGAAGCUGCUCGCUGGAUCGAACAGUGCAAAUAUCAACACUAUCAUCAAGCGUUCGAUGGCGACCCGUGCCAAACCGCUGUACGAUAACUGUUUGAUGCAAGCACCGGACGGUGACUUGCUGUGCACGUGUGACCGCAAGAAGGCGGAAUGGUACGUUAGCAAGGAACUAGCGGAAAUCGUUAGCGAUCAGCCCAACUACACGAUCCGGUUGAAAUUCGAGCCUAAGGGACGAGCUGUAGGCGAUGUAGGCCGCUAUUAUCAGACUGCGAAGGAGAACAGAUGCGUCGUUUGCGGAGCCAAAGAUUCCUACAUUCGCAAGAACGUCGUCCCACGGGAUUAUCGGAAGCAUUUUCCACUGGUAAUGAAGGAACAUAUCUCACACGACGUCCUGCUGCUGUGCGCUCCGUGCCACCGGAAAAGCUCUAUGUCGGAUGACAACAUGCGGCUCAAGCUCGCUUCCCAGUGCACCGCACCGUACUCGACGCGGGAAAACCCUAAAGAAAUACGAGUAGAAAACAUGUCAGACCUGCGGAAGGCCGCCCGAGCUCUGCUCUAUUUUUCCGACAAAAUUCCAGAAGAACGCCGAAAGGGUCUGGAACGAAAGGUGAAAAAGUUGGUUCCGAAAGGAACUGAAAUUAGCAAGGAAAUGCUGGAACACUACGCCAACGUUAGUGUGUCCAUUGCCAACGAGGACUACUGCGCUCACGGAGCAAAAGUGGCUGAGUACUUCAAGCAACAGCCCGGUGGAUUGAGCGAGCUGGAAAAAAUGUGGAGGGAACACUUUCUGCGCGUCAUGAAGCCCCGUUACAUGCCGGAUUUGUGGUCCGUAGAGCACAAUUUGGAAAGAUUGGAAAUUCGAGCAGACGAAGGUCGAGUGAACGAGGAAGACCUUUUGGUGGCCGGCGUUAGACGACCGAUUUCAAACGGUUCCCCUUCGAAUAGUAACAGCAACAGUGUUAGCCUCACAUUCAGCAGCAAUAGCAGUAGCAGCAACAGCAAAACUUUUAGCUUGGGAACCGAGUCCCUAUCCAACAACGAUUCGCUGCAAAAAGAGAUCAUGCCGACUGACAACGAUGAUGACAGCACUGCCCGAGAUUUUCCAACCUACGCCGAUGAAGAAGCGUCAUCGACAGCCAACGGAUCCGAGCAGGCGGUGACAUAUUCAAACAUCAACAGAACGGAGUUUUUCUCCAAUCGUGACGAAACGAAGCUCGGCACUACGGCGUACGAUUCGGCCACCCCCGGUGGUUCCAGCGGUACGAGCCUGGGAAACGGCGACAGUGAUCCGUUCCGUACCGUGGCCCAAUCGUCUUCGCCGGCAACGCUCAACACGGUCGAACCGGACGAGAGCGAACAGGAAGCGACCGUGAAUGAUUUUGCCUCGAUCGAGUCCAGCUACGAUUCGGACGAUUCCGAUUCGACGCUGUCGCAACCGUCGAUGACGCUGCUCAAUUCGACCGACGAUUGGGACGCGGAAGCCAACGAACCGAGCGUUAACGGGACGGUGCCGUCGCAAUGGAAGUAGUGUAGCUGUUGAGCUGACAAUUUUACCACGCUAGCAUGUAGUGACUUUGCAUUUAACAUUCAAUCCUAUAAACCAUAUUCGCAAACAAACAAAAAUUGUUCUUGUA